AUGGGCCUUGAGGAAAUCGCUGACAGAGGAAACAUUGCUGGUGUCACGCCGGCAGUGGGUACACCUGGACCUGGUUUUGGGAUUCAUGGUUGUGCAGCACGGACACCUGUAUUGCCAGUUGAACGUGUUUUGCCAGAAGCUGACCCUGUUCAGGAUGCUGUAGAGGUUGUUCAGGACCAUGAAGACCAGCUUAGCGUCAAGGAAGAGAUGGACAUUGCUACAGACAUUGAUAGCUCGUCUGGCAGUGACAGUGAGUCGAGCAGCACGAGCAGCGAUGAGCCGCUGGCUGAGACUUUUGAAACACGUGCUGCAUACACCGAAGCAGUGCCUGAAGGGUUGACCUUUUAUAAACAUGUGAAAAGCUUUCGUGUGCAUGCAGUCCGAAAUGAACAGCAAGUGACUGUAUGCAAAAUGAAGAUAACUGAAAAUUUUCAGGAAUUGGGCCGUACCUUGAACUUCAGGUAUCCAAAGUGUUUGAGGUGCUUCCCAAAUGAUCCAGGGCGAGUGCGUAGCCGUGAGGACGCAGUCGAAGCCCUGGACAAAGCUUUAGAGAGAGUUCGGAAGGCCAGGAGAAGUGCAGCGCAAUAG